CUCCCUCUUCGCCCCACUCGGCGAUCCGAACCCCCGGAUCGCACCGCGUCAGUCCCCUCCCCGCCCCGCCCAGAUCCAGAUCCACACACGGCGCGGCACAGCCGCGGCCACCCGGAAUCCUUCGAGGAAUAAUGGCCUCCGCGGCAGCGGCGCCGCCGCUGUCCUCGCCGGAGUCCGACCCGCGCCUCGUCGAGGCCUUCGUGCCCUUCCUCGAGAAGCUUGUGAAGAACGCCUCGUGGCGCAACAAGGCGCACUCCAAGCUCUCCCACACCGCCAAGUCCAUCCUCGACCGCCUCGGGAAGCCCCCGCCCUCCUCACCCACCGCGGCGCAGACCCCGUCCACCCCGACCUCACCAUCCACGCCGACAUCGUCCUCAUGGCAGCCGGGCCCGCUCCGCAGCCUCUCGCUCGAGGACUCGGAGCUGCUCCUCUCUCCCAUCUCCUCUGCGCUCGGCUCCGGUAGCGCCAAGCUCGCUGAGGCCGCGCUCGAGCUCCUCCACAGGCUCAUCGCGCACUCCUACAUCCACGGUGAGGCCGACCCGUCGGCUGAUCCCUCGGCCCAGCUUGUGGCGUCCCUUCUCGAGGCAGCCUGCAAUGCGCUCCACCUCGACGACGAGCACAUUGAGCUCCUCCUCCUUAAGACUCUCCUCUCGGCGGUCACCUCCACCUCGGUGCGCCUCCAUGGCGACUGCCUGCUCCGUGCCGUGCGCGCCUGCUAUGAUAUGUACUUGGGGAGCCGUAGCACCGUGAAUCAGGCCACUGCCAAGGCGUCGCUCGUGCAGAUGUUGGUAAUAGUGUUCCGCCGCAUGGAGGCAGACUCGUCCACUAUUCCGGUGCAACCCAUCGUAGUGGCUGAAGUGAUCGAGUUGCCUGACGCUAGUUCAGGAGCAUCACCCACCGCCGAUGCCAACUUUGUACAGGGAUUCAUUUCAAAGAUCAUUGGGGACAUUGAUGGUGCACUCACACCUCUGGCACGGACAACUUCGUCAGCUGGGGCAGGGGCUGCUGUGGCUCAUGAUGGUGCUUUUGAGACAACAGCAGCAGCGGAGGAAGGGGCAAACCCCGCAGACUUACUUGAUUCGACGGAUAAGGACAUGCUGGAUGCCAAGUACUGGGAGAUCAGCAUGUACAAGACCGCGCUUGAGGGUCGCAAGGAUGAGCUUGGUGUAGAGGGAGCAGUGGUGGCCACUUUGGAUGACGAUGCUGACGUGAGGAUUGGGAAUAAGUUGCGGAGAGAUGCUUUUUUGGUUUUCCGGGCAUUGUGUAAGCUCUCGAUGAAGACACCGCCAAAGGACGCGCCAGCUGAUCCAUUAGUAAUGCGGGGGAAGAUCCUUGCUCUUGAACUUCUUAAGAUCUUGCUUGAAAACGCAGGGGCUGUGUUCCGUACCAGCGAGAGGUUUCUAGGUGCUAUUAAGCAGUAUCUGUGCCUAUCACUUUUGAAGAACUGUGCCUCGUCACAUAUGAUUGUUUUUCAGUUAUCUUGUUCUAUUUUUAUUAGCCUGGUUUCAAGAUUCAGGCCAGGAUUGAAGGCAGAGAUUGGAGUAUUUUUUCCCAUGAUCAUUCUGAGAGUUCUGGAAAAUAUUGCACAACCAAAUUUUCAAGCAAAGAUGAUAGUUCUUCGUUUUUUGGAGAAGCUCUGCACUGAUUCUCAAAUCUUGGUUGACAUUUUCAUUAAUUACGACUGUGAUGUCCACUCAUCAAACAUAUUUGAAAGGAUGGUCAAUGGUCUGCUAAAAACUGCUCAAGGACCUCCUGCUGGUGUCUCUACCACACUGGUGCCGCCUCAGGAUACCACAAUGAAGAGUGAAGCAAUGAAAUGCUUAGUUUCCAUUCUGAGAUCCAUGGGAGAUUGGAUGAAUAAGCAGCUACGUAUUCCAGAUCCUGACUCUCCUAAUGUUGAAUCAGAGCAAAACGAUAACGAUGGUGGAAGUGAGCUUCCCCAGAUAGAGAACAAUGGAGAUGCUUCUAGUGAAGCAUCUGAUUCACAUUCAGAAAUAUCGAAUGGGGUUUCAGAGGCUGCAUCUUUGGAGCAGCGCCGAGCUUACAAAAUGGAACUUCAGGAGGGUAUCUCUCUUUUUAACCGGAAGCCUAGAAAGGGAAUUGAAUUUCUAAUAAAUGCAAACAAGGUUGGGGAGUCACCUGAGGAAAUAGCUGCUUUCCUAAAAAGUGCUUCUGGCUUGAACAAGACUAUGAUUGGUGAUUACUUAGGGGAGAGGGAAGAUUUGUCUCUCAAAGUCAUGCAUGCAUAUGUGGAUUCAUUUGAUUUUCAAAACAUGGAAUUUGAUGAAGCGAUUAGAGCCUUUCUUCAAGGUUUCAGGUUGCCUGGAGAAGCUCAAAAGAUUGACCGGGUUAUGGAAAAAUUUGCAGAACGUUACUGCAAAUGCAACCCAAAGGCUUUCUCCAGUGCAGAUACAGCUUAUGUCCUUGCUUAUUCAGUCAUAAUGCUUAACACUGAUGCACAUAACCCAAUGGUCAAAAAUAAGAUGUCGCCUGAAGAUUUCAUAAGAAACAAUCGUGGUAUCGAUGAUGGAAAAGACCUGCCUGAAGAAUUUAUGAGAUCCUUGUAUGGAAGAAUUUGGAAAAAAGAGAUUAAGAUGAAAGAAGACGACUUUGUUCCUCAACAGCAUCAAUCAACAAGCUCUAACAAAAUUCUUGGGUUGGAUAACAUUCUUAACAUUGUCAUACGCAAACGAGGUUCGGCUAUGGAGACGAGCGAUGAUCUCAUUAAGCAUAUGCAGGAGCAAUUCAAGGAAAAGGCUCGUAUGUCUGAGUCAAUAUUUUAUCCAGCAACUGAUGUAGUAAUUUUGAAGUUCAUGGUUGAGGUUUGCUGGGCUCCUAUGCUUGCUGCCUUCAGCGUCCCACUUGACCAGAGUGAUGAUGAGAUUGUCAUAUCCCAGUGCCUCGAAGGAUUUCGCUGUGCAAUACAUGUCACCGCAGCUAUGUCGAUGAAGACUCAAAGGGAUGCUUUCAUCACUUCGCUUGCCAAGUUUACAUCACUCCACUCUGCUGUGGAUAUCAAGCAGAAAAAUAUUGAAGCCAUUAAGGCAAUUCUGUUAAUUGCAGAUGAAGAUGGAAACUACUUGCAAGAAGCAUGGGAGCAUAUAUUGACUUGUGUUUCUCGUUUCGAGAAUCUACAUCUUGUAGGGGAAGGUUCUCCUCCAGAUGCUACUUUCUUUGCACUGCAACAGCCAGACCUUGAUAAAUCGAAACAGACUAAAUCCUCGAUUAUUCCUGGUUUGAAAAAGAAGGCUCUUAAUGCUGGUGCUGCUUCUAAAAGGGGUACUUAUGACAGUGCCGGUGUGGGUGGCAAAGCUUCCGGUGUCGAUCAAAUGAAUAAUGCGGUGACAAGCCUCUUGGAGCAAGUUGGCAUGGUUGAAAUGAACCGUGUAUUUGUAAGAAGUCAAAAGCUCAACAGCGAAGGUAUAAUUGAUUUUGUCAAGGCUCUUUGUAAGGUUUCGAUGGAGGAAUUACGGUCUGCAUCUGAUCCACGAGUUUUCAGUCUGACAAAGAUUGUUGAGAUCACGCAUUACAAUAUGGACCGCAUCAGGCUUGUCUGGUCAAGCAUAUGGCAUGUCUUGUCUGAUUUCUUUGUUACCAUUGGCUGCUCUGAAAACUUGUCAAUCGCAAUAUUUGCUAUGGACUCAUUGCGGCAGCUGGCAAUGAAGUUCCUGGAGCGAGAAGAGCUAGCCAACUAUAAUUUCCAAAAUGAAUUUAUGAAGCCUUUUGUUGUUGUAAUGAGGAAGAGCAGAGCUGUUGAGAUAAGAGAACUAAUUAUCAGGUGUGUGUCUCAAAUGGUAUUGGCUCGUGUUAGCCAUGUGAAGUCAGGGUGGAAGAGCAUGUUUAUGGUCUUUGCAACAGCAUCAUAUGAUGACCACAAAAACAUUGUACUCUUGGCCUUUGAAAUUAUCGAGAAGAUUUUGCGGGAGUACUUCCCCUAUAUUACUGAAACCGAGUCAACAACUUUCACUGAUUGUGUGAACUGUCUGAUUGCAUUUACCAACAGUAGGUUUAACAAGGACAUAAGCCUUAAUGCAAUUGGUUUUCUUCGAUUCUGUGCGGCAAAACUGGCAGAAGGUGACAUUGGAUCCUCUUCAAGGUUGAAGGAGAGUCCAUCUUCAAGCAGCAAUCCACCCUCGCCUCAUUUGACCAAGGAUGGAAGACAAGACAGUAUAGUUCUUGUUGAUAAGGAUGAUCAUAUUCACUUCUGGUUUCCUCUAUUAGCAGGAUUGUCUGAACUUACUUUUGACCUCAGACCUGAAAUCAGAAAAAGUUCACUGCAGGUGUUAUUUGACACAUUAAGAAACCACGGCCAUCUGUUCUCACUCCCUUUGUGGGAGAAGGUGUUUGAUUCGGUACUUUUCCCAAUAUUUGAUUAUGUACGGCAUGCUAUUGAUCCAUCUGGUGGUUCUUCACAAGGGCAAAAUGUGGAAAGUGAUCCUGCAGAACUUGAACAAGAUGCUUGGAUGUAUGAGACAUGCACUUUGGCCCUUCAACUAGUUGUAGACCUUUUUGUCAAGUUCUAUGACACUGUCAAUCCACUUCUGAAGAAAGUUCUUUCGCUCUUAACAAGUUUCAUAAAGCGUCCCCAUCAGAGUCUUGCUGGUAUAGGAAUUGCUGCAUUUGUUCGCCUCAUGAGCAGUGCUGGAUCUGUCUUUGUGGAUGAAAAAUGGCUAGAGGUCGUAUUGUCUUUGAAAGAAGCUACCACCGAGACACUUCCUGACUUCUCUUAUAUUGCGUCUGGAGCUUACCUUGAAAAUGUACCUAUAGAAAACGGAGGCUCUUCAGAUAACAGAGAAGAAGAUUCUCGACCAUCAGAUGAUGGUACUGAAGAAACAUCUAGAUCAAGGAACUUAUAUUUUGCAAUUGCUGAUGCCAAGUGCCGAGCUGCUGUCCAACUCCUAUUGAUCCAGGCUGUGAUGGAGAUAUAUACCAUGUACAGAGCUCAGUUGUCAUCACAGAACACAGUAAUCCUCUUCGAGGCCUUGCACACUGUUGCCACUCAUGCUCACAAAAUAAACAGUGACAACGACCUGCGGUCUAAGUUGCAGGAGUUGGGCUCGAUGACCCAAAUGCAGGACCCGCCAUUGUUGCGCCUUGAGAAUGAGUCAUAUCAGCUGUGCCUUACUAUCCUCCAGAACAUAUUCUUAGACAGAGCUCCUGAUGAAGGGAGCGUAGAGGUGGAAAGCCACCUUGUUGGCCUUUGCAAGGAGGUCCUUGAGGUGUACUUGAGCACAGCAAGGCCUGCUCAGCUUUCCAGUGGUAUACAGCCACUUGGCCAGUGGCUUAUUCCAGUUGGUUCUUCGAAGCGGAGAGAACUUGCAGCCCGAGCACCCCUUGUUGUCUCAACCUUGCAAGCUAUCAGUGGUCUGGGUGACUCGUCUUUUGAGAAGAACCUCGGCCAGUUCUUCCCCCUCCUAGCUGGUCUCAUAAGCUGUGAGCAUGGUUCAGGCGAAGUGCAGGUGGCCUUGAGUGAUAUGUUUGGCACUUGGGUUGGCCCGCUCGUGCUGCAGUCCUGUUGAUGCCGAGCACCCUGUGAUAUAGUAUACCUCUACAUGUAAGUCAUUCUUUGUUUCAGUGUCAUAUCUCUCUGCUGCUCCCUUUCCCCCAUUUUGUUGUGUUUAUCAUUUUAGUCGUUGUGGGAAGUGAUUUAGUGCCGAACAAAUCAUGUAGAUCAUUUUCCCUUUUAUGCUCUUGGUUUUCCGCAUUGGGAAGAGUGUAUGUUACAGGAUGAUUAAAUUAUAUGCCGUAGUACAGAUUUCACCAAGGUAUGUAGUAA